CUAGUCUCUAAAAGUGGCCUGAGAAAUAUAACUUUUAAUAGGGAGCACCAAGAAAACUUAAGAAAAACAAUGAUAAAUGAUUGGGAGACUGAAACUGAUCUCAAGGAUAAAACGAACCGAGUUUUCUUGAGACACUCAGACGGAAGGAAAUGCGAGUCUGAUGUUCUCCAGAUUAUCCCAGGAGGCAUUACAGCUUAAAAGUACGGCAGAUCAGCCUUCACACCUUCAUGCAUCCCACUGUAGCCUACUUUAAGCGCCGCAUCGAAGUUAUGUAACCUCACCGUUCAGCUACACUGUAAUGUUCGCGAUCUGCUAACUGAAGAAGUAGUUGUUUAAAAGAUCUUGUGGUCAAGCGUGCGAGGAUCUUCUGAAGUAGAGACGGGCACACAAGGAUGUGCGAGUCCAGUCACACCGAUGGGAUCCGGCUGGAGAUGCGGGGAGGAACUGGUCUCCCAUUCCUCUGCAUAGUGGGAGCACUAUCACAGACCACGUGAGAGGGAUGUUCAGACGGUCCCCGACAGACCGACACCGGCUCAUCUCUUCUGCUGCCUGCCGACAUGGGCUCAGCUUCCCGGAGACAGGCGUGGAGGGAGGAGAGCGACUCUCUGUCUGAAUGUAACCUCUGAUCUUUCAUCACUCUUUUCUUUCUUUUCUGUUCUUUUCUUUUAACAGUUUUUUUGUUUGUUUGUUUGUUUGUUGUUGUUUUUUUGGGUGGCGGGAGGAGUAGAGUCAAUGCUAUGGCUUGGCCGUGCAUCAGCAGAGUGUGCUGCCUGGCUCGUUUCUGGAAUCAAUUCGACAAAUCGGACCUCUCGGUCCCGCUGACCAUCCAGAACUACUCGGACAUCGCGGAGCAGGAGGUGCGCUCCGUCACCAAGCAGCUCUCCGACUCGGAGAACAACUACACCGCCCCGGAGCCGCGCGUCCGAGGCUCCCCUCAUGCGCCCGCAGACGGACCCCGAGGACCCUCCAGGGCACGGAGGGAGCCCAGCUACAAGCCCCGGGAGGACUACCACCCGCCCGGCGUGCCGUUCCCCAGCGUCACCCAGUACAAGCAGGAUUUCAAGCCCUGGCCCAUUCCUAGGAAGGAUAACUUCCCCUGGAUCAGUAACGGGGGCAGCAGGGGGGACGGCGCUUCGGACAGCAGCCCGGUGAACAGCUUCCACCUCCAGGCGCAGGUUGGGGAGAGGCGGGGGGACAGGCUGGAGCAGCAGGUGACGGAGGAGAACAAGACCAGCUCCUACAGGCAAGAGUACAGGCCAUGGACUGGGGUGAAGCCAGCCAGGAGUGCGAGGAGAAACCCCACAGCUCAAUACUCCAGCCCAGUGGGGGGGGCAACCCACAUCCCACGUGAGACCAGCUAUCAGGCCGCCUACAGCGGGGAGGUCAGCAGGGCCAUGAGCGGGCAAAAGGCUGAGCUCAUCCCCCCAUCUGCUGCCUCCAACAUCCAGCCUCUGCCCGCCGCUCAGCACAACCCGGCUGCCACGCGAGCCGGCAGCUCCCUCAGCCCCUCGAGCCUCCAGCAAAGCAUCCUGCCUCAGACCACCGAGCACAGUGGUACAACCAAGAGAGAGGUAGGCAUGCGUUUUCACAGAGCUUCAUUUGCACAGGUGGGAAACCGCAGCAGGCCCCUCCAGAAAGUCAUCCUCACACAUCUCCCAGGCGGGCCUCUCGCUGCUGGGGCAUCUCAGAAAAGUGAUACUGCAUUCUGUCCCAGAACGGCUCAAAGUGACCCAGCUGUUUAAAACAGGCCAAGCGCCGUGUUAGGUAACACUGCUGGUGCUACGCUCAUCACUGUGACCUGAAUAGAACCGGGAUGAUGGGAGAGGAAAUGAGUGUAACUGCCCAAUGUGGUCCGGAUUAGCACCAAAAUCACCUAUAUUUAAUAAUUAUUUAUAAUUACAGCUGCGACAACCAACUUAAUACCUUCGUCUUUGGCUUCAGUUGACAUAAGCACUUCAAACUGGACAUUUUUAAGACUCUCAGUUUUGGGGAGUGCAUCAAAAAGUGGGAAGAAAUAUAUGUACUUAGUAUAUUUUAUGUAAUCAUUUCAACUCUAUGCAUCGUUAAACUGUCACUGGUUGCCAUAGUGACCUGCCAUUCACUAGCUAACAUUAUAACUGUUUAUCACUAUUUUAUCACUGUUUAUGAACUGUAAUAAAAUAUGUUAUGCUACAUCAGUAAAUGGGACAGGUCUUUAUGACCCAUACGCGUUACAUGCAAGUGAGUGGAUAAAUGACAAAAAAAAUAGUCCUGAACAUUACUUGUAACAUUAAAGUAAUUUUGUUGACAGCAAAGUCAUCAGUCCUCGAUGAGAUGUAGAGUUCCUCCAAAUAAGAAAUCAUAUCCAUGGUGAGUAAGCGCACCGAAAUAGGGUUUUCUAAAUCUGUAAAUUUUCAGAAAAAAACUGAACUCAUGUUUUUGCAGUCACUUUUAACUGCAGAGAAUUUUACACUAUUUUGGUUUAAUUUGUCCAACCAGGCGAAAUAAAAAUAGAUGCUAGUUCUUAAGGAGCAGAUUUGGGCAGUACCUAGUUAUAUUUAUUCAAUUACAUUUACUUGAGUAACUUUUUUAGAAAAAAAAAUACUUUUAGGAGUAUUUUUAUUCCUAAAAGUACUCCUAACUGGUUGUUAUACCAGAACAACCAGUUGUUCUGGUAUAACCAGAUUUUAUGCUUAAUGAUUUUGUCCCAAGACAAAUAAAAUAUAUCAGAAAAUUCCGCAUGAAGUGCUUUACUAAAUCGUCGAACACUUCAAUAUAUAGUAACGAUUCCAACUUCAAAUAUCAGAGUUGUUUGGUUGGGACUUUGUGUUGCAGACCAACACAAGCUAGUUCACAGUUAUCAAGUGGAAAUACAUUUUUGUUUCACAAAUAGAAAUCUGAAAAAUGUGCAUUUGUUUCCUGCCACCUUCAGCCUGAUAAACCUAAAAAAAAAAUAAAAAAAUCCUAAGCAACUAUUUACCUUCAUAAGUCCCUCAGAUCUCAAUUUUCAUCAGGAGAAUCUGAUGACUGCAUAUUUAUUAGCUACGCACAAGUCUGACCUUUAUGUCUAAGCCAGAAACGGUGGCUCAGCACAUUCGGCGUGUUUCUGGACGGUUCGUGAGGCGGUUUAUGGGAAUCUCCAGAGGUUUAGUGCCAUCCCUCUUCCCUACCCACAGAGCUCCACUCCAUCUGCCAACACGGAGACUGUAGUCGCUCUGACCUGGACCGGGUCAGGUAGUCUGCCUGUAGGCGUGGCAACAUCUGCUCCAUUAAGCUAAAGGGUAUUAGGAAAUGCAAAGCUUGGAAAUUUUUUUUAUUUUUUAAAUAUAUUUUUCUCGUGUCCUCUGGGUUUGUCCUGACGUUCCGUGCUGUGGAAAAAAAACAAACCCAGACUUAAUCCACGGGAGUGUAUUAAGACCACCUUCUGCUUGGUUGCAUGAUUUUUCCAAGCCAUGUCUGCUCUGUUAAACCGUUUUGCCACUCAGCGUCCUGAAUGUGACGAGCGUGGAGGUCAAAGUUAGAGAUGUCAAUGACAGGACAGAGACUCUAAAAAUAAUUCUGACCCAGUUCCAGUGAGAUCACAGCCCAUACAGUUAAGGACGUGUGUGCUGCUGGCGGUGUGUAGGAAGAUUUUCCCAUGGCGCACAUGUCCGAAUCUGACAGCAAGAAAAACAACAA